AUGAACGAUUUACCCCGCAGUAAAACGUGCAGCGUGCGUAGAACGCCCAAUAUGCGUGAACCCGAUGAGCACUUGCGUGAGGACCUGCACCAGUCACCCCCAUAUAAAAGAAGCAAAACGGAAGAGUUUCACCACUCCACAGGGAAGAACAAUUGGGAAAGAAGUUCCACCAGUGAAGUGCAGAUAAAGGGACGUCUCUCCUCCGAAAGGGAACAGAUAGACAAGGAACCACCCCCCAAAGAUGACCCCACCAAUGAAUCUCCCCCGAGUUGCACAGACCCACAAAAUGCCUCCAAGGAGGAAGCGCAAAUUAAGAAAUAUAGCAUCGAUUUUGAUACCUUCAAUGAGAGCAUAUUCGACGUGAGUAUUGAGCUCAGCGAAAGAGAACCAGGGGAUGGUCCCGAAUUUGAAAUCACAUCAGAGGACACGGAGGAGGACGGAGAGGGUACCCCUUACGAAGAUGAGGAAGACGACCAAACCGAGCAGAGGGGAGAUAACCUCAGAAAAAGCAACCACAUGGGGAACAAAGAUCACCAUGAGAAGAAAGGAAAUUCACGCAAAUCAUCGAUGCAUUUUUACAAUAGCAGUGAGAACUCCUCACAGAGCUCCCUCGACGUAAACGAAAUUUUACAAACAAGGGCAAACGAUCGAGCAGAAAAAAAAAACAGAAACACGUACAUCUUGCAACAUAAGGAGAGAAUUAGGGAAAGGAAAAAUGAAAAAAAAAACAGAAAAAAUAAUAGCAGUCAUAGUAACAAUUUGAAGAAUAAUUUUUUAAAGAUUAGCAAAGCCACAAAGGACAAUGUAAAGAGGGCCAGUAUCGCCUCCGUCAUGCUCGAGAAUCUGUCUAACCGGGACCCCGACAGCGACUUCGGAAGUGAAGCUAGCAGUGGCAACAGUGAAAACAGUCAUCUGAGCGGAAAUCACUACAGAGAUGGUAAAGACGAUUUGAAUUAUUCAUAG